ACUGAUAGAAAUCAGUUAAUACUUUAAAUGUACUUCAAAUUAUCAUCCAUAACAAAUCUGGAAUGUUGGCCGUAAAAUGCUAAACUAAACGCUGCCUGAGGGCCCUUUGUAAUCGGCAUUCUUUGUGUCUUUCUGAUAGACAAAGCAGAACACAGUCUAGUUUCGGUGUAGAAUUUCUGUUUUCCUACCAUUUGUGCCCUUUUCUGUUGAGCUGUGAUUUUUUGUGAACAGCUGAGAUUGAAAGGUGUUUUUAUGUAGUUUAAGGCAAACCAGGUGCAGGGUGGAUUUUACUGGCAGACCUCCAGCAUCGUUGGCAUUUACCCAAAACUUCAAACGUGAAGACAGCAAGAGACAGCAGAGGGAGUUAAGAGUUGGGACCCUACGAAAACGGUCACUGCUAUUUCUCUGCCUUUCUCCUCAACGUGGUUCGCAGAACGUUUCACCGUGCCUGCCAACAAGUUUUCAAGAAUAACCCAGAGAUCUGAAUCACGUACACUUAAAUAUGAAGGUAAUGGAACUGAUUUCAUGUGUGCUGCUUGCAGCUAUGCUGUCUACAGCUGUUUCACAAGGACCAGAGGAACCUGAUGCCUACCCGGAUUGCACUGAUGGUUAUCGAUGGGAUCCAGACACACAGAACUGUAAAGAUGUAAAUGAAUGUGAAACCAUCCCAGAUGCUUGUAAAGGUGAAAUGAAAUGCUUUAACCACUAUGGAGGCUAUCUGUGUCUUCCACGUUCUGCUUCAGUAAUUGCAAACAGUAAUGCCUAUGAAGGAGUAGAAGCCCAAGAGACAGAACAAGUGAUGCCACCUGUCCGUCAGCCUUCAAGAGUUCACCAGGGUAACUGUCCACAAGGAUAUGAAUCAGAUGAUCGAAAUGGUUGUGUGGAUAUUGAUGAGUGUCUGUAUAACCGGCAUGAUUGUCAGCCCAGCCAGCACUGUAUCAACACUCAAGGUGGUUUCCGCUGUGAAUGCCCAGAUGGAUACCGCAAGGUUGGAGUAGAGUGUGUUGAUAUAGAUGAAUGCAGAUACAGGUACUGCCAACAUAGGUGCAUCAACUACCCAGGUUCAUUCACCUGUCAGUGCGAGCCAGGCUUCCAGCUUGACAGCAACAAUCGAUCCUGUAUUGAUGUAAAUGAGUGUGAGAUGGGUGCCCCCUGCCAGCAGCGUUGCGUUAAUGCAUAUGGAUCAUUUUUAUGCCGAUGUGAGCAGGGUUAUGAGCUUGAUAGGGAUGGGGUCAGUUGCAAUGAUAUUGAUGAGUGCAGCUACUCAAACUUCCUGUGCCAGCACCAGUGUCAGAAUGAGCCUGGAAAGUUCUCCUGUAUUUGCCCACAAGGAUACCAGAUGCGUGGAUUAAGGAUCUGUCAAGAUAUUAACGAAUGUGAGACAGAGGCCCACAGAUGCACAGAGACUCAGAAGUGUGUCAACCUUCAUGGAGGGUACCAGUGUGUGGAAAAAAACAGAUGCCAGGAGCCAUAUGUCCAGGUUUCUGAAAAUCGCUGCAUGUGUCCUACCACAACACCAGCAUGUCGGGACCAACCAGCUUCAGUGGUAUAUCGUUACAUGAGCAUCACCUCUGACAGAAGUGUUCCAUCUGAUAUCUUUCAGAUUCAGGCUACCAGCUUCCACACAGGAGCGUAUAAUACUUUCCAGAUCCGGAAUGGUGAUGAACAUGGAGAGUUUUAUAUCAGGCAAAUAACCAAUGUGAGUGCUAUGUUGGUGCUGGCCAGGCCAGUAACAGGACCUCGGACUUAUGUUCUGGAUUUGGAAAUGGUAACUGUGAAUCCUGUCUUGCGUUACCAGUCAAGCUCUGUCCUGCGGCUCACAAUCUAUGUAGGACCUUAUGCCUUCUAAAUGAAUAUCCAGCAGCUGUUCCCAGUGCUGACUCACAUAUUUGGUUUAAGCACACAUUCAAUCCAAUUUAAGCUACACGUGUUUGUUUUUUAUAUGAGGAAGCAUUUCCAUGUUUAUUCAGAGGUGGACAUGUUUGUAUGUGGAUUUUGUCAACCAGUUUUUCUUUUUCUUCUUGUUCAUGAGUUAACAGAGAGAUUCACGUAUGUCUUUUCUGAUAAACAUUUUAACUACAGUAGCACAUAUUUAUUCUUGAAGAAAAGUGUGCUAACACCUAUGAAAGACCACACUUGGUAACAGACUGCUUGUAUCUUUGCUGAAGAUGUAACUGCACAUACUGUCUCCAAGCUGGAAGGUACAGAAGGAAAUUGUUUAAAGCUGGAAGUGAACCCAAGAAAGAAACCGAUCAGUGUGCAUACUUUUAAGCACUGCAACUCAUAAAACUGUGACAUUAAACAUAAAAUUAACUAGCAGUUUAUUAUACACUACCAUGUAUGCACCUGGGCAUCCUAAGGUGUCCAUAUCAGCAAAGCACAGGUCUGGAGACAGCACCCAAAAGUCGGUAAUGAAUUCUCUAGAGUAUUUUUCAAUGUGUUAUGGUUUAAAGCAGAUUUUUGUUCCUUAGACUUAUUUUAAUCCUGUCAGAGAGAGUUUUGUUAGAACAUACUUAUCACACUGUCAUUAUGAAGUGCUGCUUUCUUUCUAAGCCUAUCUGCAGCUUCGAAAGUGUGUAAAAAUGCUGUGCUGAACUUUUUCUAGGAUUGCAUAGAAUACAACAGUGUUUUGCACUUUCCUUAAGACAGUUACAAGUUCAGAAAGAUUGAAAAGUCAUGUAAAUAUGCUAAAACCAACAUCAUUUUGCUUGUUUGCUACUGUAUGUAAUUUUGCAUCUUCUUAAAACUUUUUUUUCUCUGUGUAUGUUUUUGUCAAAUUUAUAUACAGUUAAUGUGUAAGAAAGAAAAACAAUAGGAAGAUAUAGCUUCGGCUUCUACCGGGAUAUGAUUUUAUGAAUGAAUAUUCUGUUAAGGCAAAUUGAUUUGUUAGACAUCAUUUAAAAUUUAUUUGAAACUGUUUUAAUAAAAAUAGAUCUGUAUGAUAUACUCUGCAUUAGGAGGGAUCCUGGAAAAACACUCAACUUAAACACUGAAUUAUUCUUUACAACUUCUGGAUCUUUCAUUAACAGCACAGGAUUUAAAAUUGUGGCCUUUCAACAGAUUACAAAAGUGUAAACUUCUUGACUGAGAAAUAAAUUAGGGGACUAUA